AUGUUCAGCUAUUUCAAAACUGAAAUGGAAAUAACAAGCCGAAUAUUGGUGGUAUUAUUAUUAUUGUCUAAGAAGGUUAAUGGAUCCAAACGUAGUUUCAUAGAACCUUAUUCUAUGACUCCGGAGGCAGUUCCAAUUAUUACUACUGCACUAUUGGAGUGCUCAAAAAAACUUAAGGAGAACAACCGAGAGCAAUUGGAAAACUACCAACAAAUUCGGAGGCAUUUGUUGGUAAACAUUCGUGUCAACCCCAGUUUUAACCUUAAAAAGGUCGACCAAUUUCUAAUACUGGAUGAAAUAUUUGAUGCAAAACAGAGGUCAAAGGCUAAAAUCAUGUCUCCUUAUUUAAUUGAAAUUAGCAGAGGCGAGCCAGUAAUGAUGUAUCCAUUGGAAUUUUCUGAGUCUUUGAAACUCAAUGAUUCGAAUAGAACUCAGUUAAUCGAUGAUAUAUCACAGAAUUCCCAAAACGGGACAUCUUCCAAUCAAAUACGAAAAGUCCAAAAAUUCAAGUCAGGUGAUUCGAAUUAUAACACCGUCUACUCCUCCUAG